AUGAUGUCCAUCCGUUCUACUUUCAAAGAGGACAUCGGUUGCACCGCAGCUGAUCUUAUUUUCGAAACCUCCCUACGACUGUCCGGUGAGUUAGGCUCCCCUUCAAACACGCUAACGUCUUUUAAUCCUAGCGGAAAUGUGGACCUACUAUACAGUGCUAUGCGCAAUCGCAGCGCAACGCCUCCUCGAGCAUCACCGACCAAUUCCUUCGUUUGUCCUGACCUUGACAAGUGCAGGUUCGUCCUGGUCGGGCGUGACGCUGUUCGUCGACCCUUUCACAUUCUCUAUGGCGGGCCUUACAAAGUUGUUCGGCCAUAUGACAAGGAUUUUGUCAUCCAUCACAACGGCUAG